UGGAGUCGGAGCUGGGAGCCGGCGCCCCGCGGGGAGGAGCGUUUUUGGCUUCGGAAUGCCCCGUAGCUUUUGGAGCAGCAGAGCACCGCCCUUGGACAAGCAGGAGUUCGCUCUCUUCUGAGCCGUGGAGGGCCAUGGGGGACUGGAGCUUGCUGGGUCGGCUGCUGGAGAGCGCGCAGGAGCACUCGACGGUAGUGGGCAAGGUGUGGCUGACGGUGCUGUUCAUCUUCCGCAUCCUGGUGCUGGGCGCGGCGGCCGAGGAGGUGUGGGGCGACGAGCAGUCGGACUUCAAGUGCAACACGCAGCAGCCGGGCUGCGAGAACGUCUGCUAUGACCAGGCCUUCCCUAUCUCGCACGUGCGCUUCUGGGUGCUGCAGAUCAUCUUCGUGUCCACGCCCACCCUCGUGUACCUGGGCCAUGUGCUGCACUUGGCCCGCGUGGGCUCCCGGCGUGAGCCGCACGCGCGGGCACCCCCCGGCUACCCCCCGGGGCAGCGCCGGUCGAGCCUGGCCGGCGCCCUGCUGCGCACCUACGUGCUCAACGUCCUCCUCCGCACGCUGCUGGAGGUGGGCUUCAUUGCCGGCCAGUACUGCCUCUAUGGCUUCCGCCUGAAGCCGCUGUUCCACUGCGACCGCUGGCCCUGCCCCAACACCGUGGACUGUUUCAUCUCCCGGCCCACCGAAAAGACCGUCUUCAUCAUCUUCAUGCUCGCGGUGGCCUGCGUGUCGCUGCUGCUCAAUGUGCUGGAGAUCUACCACCUGGGCUGGAAGAAGCUCAAGCAGGGCGUGACCAAUCAGUACGUCCCGGAGGCGCCCCCCAGGCCCGCGGGGGCCAUCCCCCUGCUGCCCUCCGCCCUCCUGGCCAAGACCCCAGGCUUGCCUCCCUCCUACACUCACGCUGGGGACCCGCCGCCCCCAGCCGCAGACCUCAAGAUGCUGACUUUGUCCCAGGGGCCGGGCAGGGGCCACGCUGCCAGCUUCUCCAGCAGCGUCCACCUGCUCGUGCCUGAGCAGAGCCAGGCCAGCCAGGAGGCCGGGCGGCGGAGCAUGACCAGGAGGGCUUCCCUGCCAGGACCCGUCCCUGGGCUUCCAGCGCCCCUAGGCAGCACCCCGCUGCGGCCCUGGGAGGGGGGGGCUCAAGAGCCGGUUCCCGUGCUGGUGCUGGAGUCGCAGGGCUCGGAGCCGCGGGCUGUGGGCACGCUGCAGAUGCAUAGGCCGCCCCUUACUCUGCCUGACCCGGGCCAGGUCAGCAAGGGCAGCAGUGGGCGGGCCCGGAACAGCGACUUGGCCAUCUAGAGGCUCUGGCAAGUAUUGUAAGAACCUUUUGUGAACCCCUCAAACCUCAGAUCAGCAGGCAGGGAGAGUCUGAAGGUGAAGGCAGAGGUGGACAAGGCGCUGGAGGGGUGUAGGUGCUGUUGUUGGUGCUCUCCAUAGGGCCUGUCUCUCCUGGAGACCAAGCACAGUGUCCUGAGGCCCCCCCUUUCUCGGGCUCUGCAAAGAGCUGGGGCAUAGCCGGCACACUUAGCAUUCUCUCUGAUUGCUCCUUCAACUGCCAGUUGAAUUUCAUUUGGGAUAUUUGCCAAAUUUCACACACACACAAAAAAGAUUCUGAGCACGUCCAUACAUUCGAGUUUCUGAAAUUGCCUGUGAAGGCCCAACUGUCAGGCAGUGUCAUGACCAGUCACAGCUAGCAGCUCUGAGCCUGCAGGAGCCCUCGCUAUGUGGGAAUAGGCAGGUGGGAGACUGGCACCAAAUGCCUUGUAAAGCUGCACAGUCAAAGGAAAGUGUAGCAGGUCAAACCUAGGUUUUUUUCGAAAGGUAUUUUGUGCUUGUUCUAAAUGGUACACAGAUCCCUGUUGCUUCCUUUCAGGGAAAAUAUGAGAAAAAUAGUCUGUGGAAAGGAAUUUUAACAAAGAAAGCAUGCAACUAUUACAUGCCAGUAAAUAUUUGAACUUUCUCUUAAAAGAAAUUCUGUGAGUCCAUGUGCAGUUACAAGAAUGUGCAGUUAAAAUUAAAACAGGGAGUGUAGGUACAAAGCAGUGUGUGUGUGUGUGUGUGUGUGUGUGUGUGUGUGUGUGUGUGUGUGUUUAAUGGGAGAUUAAACGUGGCUAGGAAAAAUGUUCAUCCAAUGAAUCCAUGAGCUACAGUUUUUGACAGUUGAAAAUAAAGCUUGACACGUUCCCUAACCGUUCCUAGGGCCCCUUGUUUGCUUUCUGUGGUGUAAAUAAGCAUCUGAGUUUUGCUCCCUGUGUACACGCGAGACUACACCCUGUCAUGCACACAGCCCUGCCCUGUGGAAGGCUCUUCGUGAGUGCAAGUGUGGCUGGCAGCGGGGACUGUCCUGUGUAGGUCACUGGGUCAGUGCUGCUGCUGGCCAUGGGCCACGUUUCCCAACCCCCACUGUAGGGCCCUUAGACCUUAGACCUUUCCAGUUUGAUUCGUUGCUUUGUGUAAUAACUGCUCAAAGUUCCUGCUGAUUUGGACCCACACUCAACAUUCUUUGUAUUUCAUGUGCUGAAGUUGGUGAAAAGACUGUGGCUGAGCCCUCAUUCUCAGACACGCACACAAGAGACAGUUGCUGAGUUC